AUGCCUGAAACAACAUCGCUCGAUGUAAAAGUAGUUUCGACCACAACCGUCUACCCAUCAUCUCACCAAACCUCAGAACCAAAAACAACUCCCCUCUCCAUAAUCGAUUCCACCGUCUCCUACUACGCCCGGUGCGCAGCAAUCUGGUACUAUGACCCCCCAACCAAUCCCCAGACCACCCUCACAUCCACGCACCUUCAAGCAGCGCUCUCCGAGACGUUAAACGCAUACCCUCAGUGGUGCGGGCGUCUCCACUACGCUUCUUACAACCCCAACAUCAAGGGCCAUACGAAUCGCUAUCGAAGAGUGCAAGUUACAUUCAACGCCCCCACAGAUAUCGGAGUUCCAUUCGUUACUGGGACAUCUUCAAGAAAUCUUUCGGACUUCCUCCCCGAAACUGAGGCACGGAAAGAUUCGAUAAAGGCAUGGGAUGCAUCUCAAAUGCCAUCGAACGAGCUCUACCCCGCAACCCCACUAUCUCUAAGUGGCGAAGCAACUCCUGAAGAUGCACCAAAUGUCACUAUUCAAUUGACGACUUUUGCGUGCGGGAGUACAGCAGUGGCUAUCAAUAUCACGCAUUCCCUAGCAGAUGCGCAGACCUUAUCUCAGUUCGCCAAGGAUUAUGCUUCCAUUUCACGAGCUCUCAUGAAUGGGGAGCCUCUCCCAAGACUGUCCCCGAUAUUUGAUCCUCAGCUUCUUGAUGCUUUCGCGGCUGGGGAUAUUGAUGCUGAGACACCAGAUCUGGAGUUACAAGAACAAGCCCGUAAGCUGCCAUGUCAUAGAUAUGACAGAAACGCCCCCAAACUACCCAAGGAUUGGGAUACUGUAGCACAUUUGCCUUUAAGCCCCAGUACGCCCAUGCCUUGGGAUGAAUGGGAUUUUAAAGCUGCAGUUGCGCAUCGAGUGCUACAUUUCGCUCCUAAAGAAAUAGAGCACAUGUACGCACUUGCCAGCUCCUCCACGACUAAAAUCUCGAAACUGGAUGCUUUGCUCGCACAUAUUUGGGCUCAGAUCAACAAAGCGCGAGAGCUACCUCCAAACACGGUGACCUACUUAGAUAUGACCCUCGGGCUACGGGCUCGUGUCAACCCACCUCUGCCGGCCUCAUUUCUAGGAAGUCCCAUCCUCUCGGCCGCAAUAUCCACGGCGACUCCUGCAUCGCCAUCCAUUGCCCCGUCCUUGUCGGGGAUCGCAACUCAAAUACGCAGCACGGUUCAGAGUUUCACACAUUCGGCUGUUGCCGCCAUGCUCCACGAUUCUGCCUUUGAAGUCAGCCCACAGCGACUAUGGAGGUGCUUCUUGGGCAGUAAACAUGUGUUGCUUACGACUUGGUUGCAUUUGGGGCUGCAGGAGGUGGAUUUCGUUGGUGCUGGGAGGGGUGGCGGGAAACUGAGGCAUGUUGCGCCUGUUAUGCCUGCUUGUGAUGGAUUGGUGGAUAUAUUAGAGACGGUUAGUGAAGAGUCUGGGGGGACUGCACAUUGGAGCAGGAAUGGUGUUGAUGUCAGUGUAUAUUUGGAGGACGGGGCUAUGGGGAGGUUGUUGAAGAACAAGGGGCUGUGGGGUGUUGGUAGUGAGAGUUGA